AUGGCUCCUCUUCGUGUUCUUGUCACUGGUGCCGCUGGCCAAAUCGGCUAUUCUAUUGUCAUUCGUAUCGCCGACGGUACCGUGUUCGGAAAGGUACGAUUGCACUGUUCACAGGCCUCUGUACUUCAGAAAUCUAAAAUUUCGUAUUUUAUAGCUCCUUUUCAAUUUUUUUAGCAUGUUUUUGUUUAGCUAAUUUUGUUAAUUCAGCAACUGAAAUGCAAAGUUUCGCUAAGUAUGUAUUUUCGAGUUUUUACGUACUUUAAAUCUUCUUUUAUUCUCUAUAUUACGCGAAUUCUAAUCACUUCAAGGUGUAAUUCAGGACACCCCAGUUCAUCUCGUCCUUCUCGACAUUCCUCAGUGCGCGAACGUCCUUGAGGGAGUUGUUUUCGAGCUGCAAGACUGUGCUUUGCCAACUCUUCAUGGUAAGUGACACCUUCUGCGUGGUCGAAAAUCAUUUUGAAGGCGUCGAGGCCGUUACUGAAGAGAAAGCGGCAUUCAAGGAUAUCGAUUAUGCGUUUUUGGUCGGAGGUUUUGAUUGCUACGGAUAUUCCAAAAAAAAAGUUUUUUUUCUUGUCAGCUAUGCCUCGACGUGAGGGAAUGGAACGCAAAGAUCUUCUCGCCGCAAAUGUUCGAAUUUUCAAGUCCCAAGGAAAAGCUCUCGCUGAGUAUGCCAAGCCGUCAACUAAGGUAUGAACCUUUUAUUUUCACGGAAAGUUAAAAAUUUUCAAGGUUAUCGUGGUUGGAAAUCCCGCCAACACGAACGCUUUCAUCGCUGCGAAAUACGCAGCUGGAAAGGUUCCAGCGCGGAACUUCUCUGCGAUGACCCGACUCGAUCACAACCGCGCACUUGCCCAAGUUGCCGUCUUCCUGCUUUCAGUGUUCGUCACUCUGAACUUCAGGUUGCCUUGAAGGCUGGAGUCACUGUCGGUGACGUCAAGAACGUUAUCAUCUGGGGAAAUCACUCGAGCACCCAGUUCCCCGACGCGCGACACGCUCAAGUCACCAAGGGUAUUCUGAUAUUUGAAAAAGUUUGAUUAGCUUCGAAAUUUUCAGGUGGAAAUUCUGUCGAUGCUUACACCGCUGUGGGAGAUGAUGCGUUCCUUCAAGGAGAUUUCAUCUCGGUUAUUGUUUUUUUAUUAAUAUUUCUGAGUAAAAGUUGCCAGAAGCUUUCAAAACUGUCUUCAGUGCAGUAGUUCCAUUUUUUAACUCAACAAAUUAAGGUUGAAACUUUAAAAAUUAAAUAGAAAUAUACAGCCGAACGGCAUAAAUUAACUACCCUAACGUUUGCCUUCAAGCCAAGUUAUGAAGCUUCUCAACACCGAAAUGUCUCGAAUAACGUGUCACCUAUUAACUUGAAGACGUUUCUCGAAUUUCGAAGCUCCCAACCUAGGUGGAAAGCGUGUUAGCUCCAGCUAAAUGAACAUUUGGUACAAUCUGAGCUCGUCGAGCGCGAAUAUCUAACAAUCGAUUAAUAAAGUGACUUAAAAAUGACUAUUGUACUUUAAUAGUUCAUAAUUUGCCGGUGGAAAGUUUUUCUAUAUUUAUGUUAAAAGACCGAAGGGCGUAACAUUUUUAGGUUAUCAGAGUGCUCUAGAGAAAAUCUCAGCGAAAGUUCAUCUUGUCAUUCACAUUUCGCAAAUCUUUUUGGAUCUUAAUUUUUAGUGGCUGGAAAUGCGACUCUUUUACUUUUUCAUCUCCCUUCUGCAAAUUCGAAUGUAGAGUCCGAAAAGCGGGUUUCGCUUAUAGUUUUUCAUUCAAAAUUUCCUUGCCCCUUGUCUGGACUAUAUAUAAACCUAUUUCUUGAUUUAUUCAUUUACAUUUUCAAUCUUCCUUUUUUGAAGACCGUGCAAAAGCGAGGUGGAGUGAUUAUCGAGAAACGCAAACUGUCUUCUGCCAUGUCAGCCGCCAAAGCCGCCUGCGACCACAUCCACGAUUGGCACUUUGGAACUCAGCCUGUUAGUUGUCUUGUGAAAAAAACUCAAAUCUUGAGAUUCUUUCUUCAGGGCCAACAUGUAUCGAUGGCAGUUCCAUCGGACGGCUCUUACGGCAUUCCCGAAGGCUUGAUCUUCUCGUUCCCGGUUACCAUCGACGGCAACACCAAGGAGUGGAAAAUCGUUCAGGGCCUGUCUUUGGACGACUUUGCAAAGCAGAAGAUUGCUGUCACCACGAAGGUUGUUAUGACGAUUCAAUCCACUCAACGAAACUUUUCUGUUAGGAACUCGAAGAGGAACGCGACGACGCUUUGAAGGCCUGCGACGAAUCCAGCAUUUAA